AUGGCUACUACUGAAUCCUUGAAUGAAAGACGCCAAAAUCUUCUUCCACACGAAGUUUCAGAUAACAAAGAAGAUAUUCAAUUGAUUUGGCUUGAUGGAGAUAUGAAUGAUUCAGAUGAUUAUCUUCUCACUCAAUCAAUGUUAACUGAACUCAAUCCAGCUGUUCAGUUUUAUUCUCAAUUUGAUCGAUGUCUCAAUUUAAUCAAAUUAAUCAAAGAGGAACAAAUCUUUCUUAUUGUUUCGGGUCCUUUUGCUCGGCGUAUACUUUUACAAAGUCAUCGUUAUCGAUCUUUGGUUGCUAUAUUUAUUUUUUCCUCUAACCAUCAACGUUAUAAACCAUUGAUGAAAGAAUAUAAUAAAAUUAUUGGAAUAUUUACUGAUCAACAUGGUUUAUCAGAAUCAAUUCGAGAAAAAAUGAAUCUAGUUGAGAAACAAACAUUAACAUUUAGUCUUUUUGAUCAAAAACAAAAGUCAAUAAAAGAUUUAUCACAAGAAUCAGCAUCAUUUCUAUUACAUCAAGUGUUAAUUUAUGUUCUAAAACAAAUGUCACAAGAUGAACAAUCAAAAAAACAAAUGCUCGAUAUGUGCCAUGAUUAUUAUAAAAGUGAUACAAAAGAAUUACAAAAGAUUGAAGAAUUUCAAAAUACUUAUACUCAAAAUCCACUUUCGAAGAAUAAAGAAACAUUGACUUUAUAUCAUGGAACACAAAUUCCAAAUGAAGAAUUAGAAAAAAUAAAAGACAGUAUUGGUAAAACUAUUACAACAAAUGGAUUUUUAUCAACAUCACGGAAUAUCAAUGUAUCACUUCAAUUUAUCCAUACCAAUGCUCAAUCAAAUGAUUUUAUAUCUGUCCUAUUUGAAAUUAAAGCAAAUCCAUUAUUGAAAACAGUGGUUUUUGCUGAUGUUGGAAAUAAAAAUCGAAUAAAAGGUGAAGAAGAAGUUCUUUUCAAUAUAAAUUCACUCUUUAAGAUUAUUUCUGUCUGCUUUGAUUCUAAACUUACUGUAUGGAAAGUAGAAUUGGAUGCAACUGAUGAAGGAGCAGAAAAAGUUGAAGAAUAUUUUUCAUUAUCGAAACAAGAGAUGGAAGAAUACACACCACUUAUUUAUUUUGGCCGAUUUCUCUUAUAUGAGUUGGACCAAGUAGAUCGUGCAGGAGAAUAUUUUAAUAUGCUAUUGAAAUCACUUCCAGAUGAUCAUCCUGAUCUUGCAGCUGUUUAUAAUCAUAUUGGUAUAGUACAUAUGGAGAGAGGUGAAUUGAAUUUUGCAUUGAAAAACUAUGAGAUAGCUUAUGAGAUGCGUCGAAAACAACUACCAUCUAAUCAUCCUGACAUUGCUGGUUCCCUCAACAAUAUUGGUAUUAUUUAUAGAGCAAAAGGUGAUCUUAAUACAGCACUCGAUUAUAUGCAACAGACUUUGACAAUUGAUGAAAGCGUACAUCCAGGCAAUAAUCUAGGAAAAGCAAUAACAAUCGAAAAUAUUGGGAGGGUAUACAUGGAUAAAGAAGAUUUGGAUACGGCUCUUACUUAUUUGUGUCGUGCUCUCGAGAUGUUUAAAUAUGUUCUCCCUGAUCAACACUCUAAUAUAGCAGCAUGUCUCGGUGCAAUAGGAUAUACUCAUGAGAAGAAAGGUAAUUUACAUGUUGCUCUCAAUUAUUAUCAACAACGAUUAUAUAUGGCAGAACAAUGUUUACCUUUUGAGCAUUCAAAUCUUUCAAUUCAUCUUGGUUCGAUCACUGGUAUUUAUAAAAAGAUGAAUGAGAUUGACAGAGCCUUAGACUUGUGUCAACAAAAACUUCUUAUUCAAAAAACUAGAUUAUGUGAAAAUCAUCCUCGUAUUGCUCGAACACUAAUGAUCAUGGCUAAUUUAAUUACGGACAACAAUCCAAACGAAGCAUUAGAAUACUAUGAACAAGCUCUGUCUGUGUUGGAGAAUUGCACACCAUCUGAUUAUCAGCUCAAUUCUACCUGUUUGUCAUCAAUGAGUUGUUUAUAUUCCAAUUAUGAUAUGAUAGAAGAUGCAUUACGAUGUGAACUUAAAGUACUGGAACUUAAUCGACAAACAUUGUCUUCUGAUCACAUUAGCAUCGCAAACAGCUUAAGAAAUAUUGGCCUAUGUUAUGAAAAUAUGAACAACUUAUUCGAGGCACUUCGUUAUUUCAGUGAAAGUCUUUCGAUCUAUCGAGCUAAUUAUGGACCCGAACAUAAAAUGGUGAAGGAAGGUGAAGCAGAUAUUGCCAGAUUGGAGGAUAAACAAUUGUCACUAUCAACUCAUAAAGAAGAAUCAAAAAAUUCAAGCAAUAAUGAAUAG